CACGGCUGCUCACGUUAUUAUCCAUACCAAUCCUUUUAUUUAAACCAACUGUUUCAACUGUUUCAACAAUUCGGCCCAAAACAUCCAAAACUGUUUCAGAAACUCGGCCCAUCAGGCCUCCACCCACAGCUACAGUGAUGCCUUGAUCCGAGACAGGCCCAAGUACGGCCCACUUGUGUCACGGCUUAUCCCUUCCGUGAUUUACGGCAGUCAAAUCUGCUUUCGGCUACAGCUGUCUGCCACAGCGCCUCGAGAUUCCCUCGGUCCCCUUACACGCUCUCCACGCGCCAACAACUUUUCCGGGUUUCAGGGCGACUUUAAUCCAACGCGUAGAAUGAAUCACAGGAAUCGUCCAUCCAACGGUGGAGAUCUGCUCACCUCGCUCUAUAAAUAGGUGCAUUCUGAGGGCGCAACUGUUCACUCCAAAGGAACGAAAAUCUCUCCUGAGUUCCAGCCCCUCUCUCCCAACUCUUCAGCUUUCCUCUUCUUUCAAAACUCAAAACAUUUCUUCUUCGAUUCAAUCCUUCUCUUCUGAUCUUCUCUCCCAUCUAGUUGAUUCAAUCUCAUCUUUCCUCUGAACUUUCAGAUCUCUAACCCACCAUCAUCAUCCUUAAUCCCUUUAACAACAACUCCUUCAAACACUCGACAACUUUACUCUUCGAUCUUCACAUCCCCUCAACCCAUCACCAUGGAACCACGAACUCUGCAACUGAUGGAGCUACAAACCCAGCAACAAAUCGAGGAUGGAGGAAACAACCAAGCAGCCGGGAGUAGUGCCAACACAGAUUUCUGGCGAAGCCGUGCCAGGUGGGUUCCUACUCCAGAUCAAAUAAGGAUCCUCAAGGAUCUUUACUACGACAAGGGAGUUAAGACCCCAACUACAGAGCAUAUUCACGAGAUCUGUCUCCAGCUGCAACAGUAUGGACAGGUUGAGGGCAAGAACAUUUAUUUUUGGUUCCAGAAUGUCAGGGCUCGAGAGAAGCAGAUGAAGAGGUGCAAUCAGGCUGCUCAAGUGCCCAUGGGAACUAGUUCUCCUGGUACUGGUGGAUCCAUUGAUCUCAAUUUUGGGUCCACUGGUUCUACUGGUGCUGGUGGAUCCAUCGACAUCAAUUUUGGGCCAGCUGGUGGAUCCAUUGACAUCAAUUUUGGGUCCACUAGUUCUACUGAUGAUGGUAGAUCCAUUAAUCUCAAUUUUGGUUCCACCGAUUCUACUGGAGGACAAACAUCCCUGCAACAACGAGGAGGAGAUCACCAGGAGGUUGAAACUCUUCCUCUGUUCCCCGUGCACGGCGAGGACGUCUUUGGUAACCCGAAGACUACUUCUGAGGAAGGUAGCGCAUUUGGUUACUAUUCUGGUGGCUCAGGCGGUUACAACAGUGGCUCUAACGUUUCUCUUGAGCUCAGCCUCAAUCCAUCCGGAGCUGCUGACUAGGCUUAGCAUAGCAUUGUCCUCGUUUUCCUUUUUGUAAUAUAAAAUCAAUAAGAUUGCAUGCAUGUCGUUUCUUCUUUUUGUUAAACCAACAACAACACCAAGGAUCAACCUUGGUCACCUAAUACUAUUUUCAAAACCAUUGACAACUCUGCUGCACACAUCAAUCAUAAUGAUUUAUCACAAACAAUCAAUUAAGUUGCACAGAGGUCUAGCUAGCAUCCUUAGAGUCAAACCAAACACAACAAUUUUGUCGUUAGAAUUAGGGUUUAAUAAAGCUAAACACAUCCUGAGUUAGCUAGGAAAAACCCACAUCCUUAGAGUUACUCAUACAAAUCUUAUAAAAUCUCAACCAUUUCCUCUAUUAAUUUCUCCAUUAAACUUACCACAAUUCAUACCCUAUGAAUUUACGAUUUAGAAACCGAAUCAAACUCCAUAUCGCAUAGUAAUUCACUUGAACCACUAUGGAUACCCAACAAUGUCACUACAAUCAAUACCCAAAAUUGCACUUAACCAUUUCUCCUAAAAUCCAUCACCACAGAAACACACCCUCAUCUAAUAACAUUUACAGAGAGUUGACUCUAAAUCUCCCCAUUAAUUACCGACCAAGAUCAAAUUCCAUUUCAAAACUUUAAGUGUCCCGCCUACUUAAACUUAAAACACAACAACCUCAAAUUCACUUCAGUCCAACUCCAUACUACGAUCCAAAACUUAAGAAAACUAGUUCACAAAAUCAAUUUCCUUCACUUAAAUAAAACUAUGUCCACAAGUCAUAGUCAGGUCAACAGACCAAGGUGUCCAAACGGAGAAUUUCCAAUCCAGUUGUCUUUGUGAAACGCAAAAUAUCAAUCAAAAAUGAUGCUCGCAAU